AUUCAGGUCAUGCAAUUAUGGGCUGGAAUAACGAAAAUAUUUUAGAAAUACUCAAAAAUGAUAUUGAAUUUUUUCCUGUAAUAUGUACGGUUGGAAAAUAUAAAAUUUUUUUAUAUGCUAUUGGUUAUUCUUUAAAUAAGGGUUGGAUAUCAGGUUACGAAGCUUCUAUUAUUCACGUAUUUGAUAAGAAACAAGGAAUUUUGGUAUCCAAAAUUGAAAAUGAAGACUGUAUUGCAUCAUUUGACAAACACUGCUGUAUUGUGGAAAUUUACCAGGAUUCUCAAUUAAAAAAAAGGGUUAUAGGCGCCAGUCCAGAUGAUGUUUGGCGAAAAACUGGGCUAAUUCAAAAUUACAAUAGAACUCAACUUUUUGGAAGAACAUUGGCAAAUAUCAACCGGCACCAAUUUUUUAUUAGUUGGGCGGAAUCUAAUUUUGAUGAGCGUGAAUUCAGAGCAUGGAAAUCAAUGCUGCAUGCAUCUGGAUGUACUAAUAUAACUCUGUGGUCACUAGAGGUUGGAACCGAAACCUUAGCAGAUUUAUUCAAAAUAGGAUUACUUACCUCCAUUCCAAUUCAUAUGCCUAAUGCGACUCGUACUUUUUGGACUUGUUUUGAGCGAGCUCUAUCAAAUAAUAAGAGAACAUAUGAUGGAAAUCAUCAAAUAUUGUCUAUAAUUGCAGAAGAUUUCACUUAUGAUGAAUUACAAAACAAUUUAGGCGUUGGAAGACAUACAAUUUCAGAAGCACGCAAGCAUGGACGUAUUAAUGGAUAUGGAGCUCCGGUAUUAAUAAAGCCUAUUAUUCACCAAAAAAGAUUUACAUCAGAAAUAUUAGAUCAGUUUGAACAAUUUUUUACGAAUAAAAAAAUUAUCACAAAAAGGGCUCUAUGGGAACGAUUUUCAGAACAAUAUCCUAAUGGCAUGCGAAGAACUUCUUUCAUGACAAAACUAAAAGGUGGUCAUUUUGUAUAUCAAGAAAAUCUUGGUGGAUUAUGUUCAACAUGUAAUGAAAAUGGAUACCUAGUGUUUAGUGACAUUAAUACACUAAUUGCAGCACACAUAACUGAUGAAUCAACGCGAAAGCAUUUACUGGAAAAAUCACAAAAUUUACGGCAUUACAUCCAUCAUCAAUAUUGCAAAUCACUUACUAUUACAACAGAUGGCAUGGCUCUACAUGAUACAUGCAUCAGUCAUUGUAUUCGACAUGCAUUUGGAGACUGUAAUAUUGAUCAUCCCAAUACUUGUAGUAAUUGCGAAAAUUUGUUUAGUUUUUUUGAACAAUUAAAAGAACAAUUAGAAAAACUUAUUUCAUGGAUGGGUCAUCAUGCGUGUAAAACUUACCUUAAUAUUUAUGUAAGAACCAAUCUCGAAGAACUUGAUGCUGAUGGUGCAGUAUUAAUAGUAGAUUAUAAAAUGAAAAUUUUACCUACAAGUUCAAGAGAAACAAAAAAGGAUUUUUUCGGUAAACGGGGUUGGAGCCUAAGUAUACACGAAGGAUAUAGAAAAGAAUUGUCUAAAUAUCCAGGUGUUUGAUCUUGAAAAUCUUGAACC